AUUUUCUGAAGGAUGGUAAGGUAACUCAACUGUUACGUCUUUCAGCUCUUUUAUUUCUCUCUCUGGCGAAUGAACCCUUCUCUUCCUCUCCGAUCCGAAACCCAUCGCUUCUAACACCCGCAGAUCUCCCUCUCUCAACCUCACUCCACACCUUACACCAAAGUCCCCCAAACUUUCCAUCGCUUAUUAUUCCCUUUUUACCCUUUCUCUCUUCUCACCUUUCUGCAAUUGCUUCUCUAGGGUUUCUCCGAGGCGACGGAUUUUCCAGUUGUAUCCGGCCUUUCAAUUGGAUUGAAUGACCGUGUGGCGGCAACUAGGCUAUGACUUCAAGCAUGUUGAGUGGGGAGCGAAGAUGGGCCUCUUCUUCCAGAAGAGGUGGUAUGACUGUUUUAGGGAAAGUUGCAGUUCCAAAACCUAUCAACUUACCCAGUCAGAGGUUAGAAAAUCAUGGUCUGAACCCAAAUGUGGAGAUUGUUCCCAAGGGUACACUCAGCUGGGGUAGUAGAUCUUCAUCUUCUACAUCUAAUGCAUGGGGGUCUUCUUCUCUGUCCCCAAAUACUGAUGGUGGUACUAGUUCGCCAAGUCACCUCAGUGCCCGUCCAUCAUCCGGUGGAAGUGGCACACGGCCUUCUACUGCUGGUAGUGAUAGGGUUCUUGAGCCUACUGCUAAUUCAUGGGGCUCAAAUUCUCGGCCUUCAUCAGCGUCUGGGGUACUAUCAACAAAUCAGUCUUCACUGACAUCAUUGCGUCCUCGCAGUGCAGAAACAAGACCUGGUAGCUCACAGCUGUCUCGAUUUGCUGAACCCUCAACUGAAAAUUCAGGUGCUUGGAAUGCUGCUAGGACUACAGAAAAACUGGGAGUUCCACAACCCAAGAAUGAAGAAUUUUCUCUAAGCUCUGGAGACUUUCCAACCCUUGGUUCUGAUAAAGAUAAGUCAGUUCUGAAUUCUGAGUUGCAAGACCACAGUUCUCAAGCUCACCUUGACUCGUCUUAUGAACUCAGGAAAGAUAUAAAUGAGACCCCUGUUACUGAUGAUGUUCCUGUAAAUGCAAAUAUUAAGGGUGGAACUGUAAAUUCUUGGAGGAGAGAUAAUCUGGCUUAUAACGAGGAAGGUGUGAGGUCAGGCAUAGAGAAAUGGCAGGGAAAUUCCCAGCCUUAUCCAAAUGCCGGUAUUCCUCCUCAACCAUAUGAUGCUUGGCAUGGUCCUCCCGUAAAUAACCCUCAAGGCUGUGUUUGGUUCAGGGGUCCUCCUAGUGGUCCUCCAUUUGGAAAUCCUGUUCCUCCUAGUGGCUUUCCAAUUGAACCAUUUCCAUAUUACCGUCCACAUAUGCCUCCUACUGGUCUUGCGAACCCACCCCCAGGUCCCCCUCCUGGAGCUGGACCAAGAGGGCACCAUAAGAAUGGAGAUGUCUACAGACCUCAUAUGCCCGAUGCCUUUAUUCGUCCAGGCAUUCCUAUGAGACCUGGCUUUUUCCCUUGUCCAAUGGCCUAUGAGGGCUAUUACAGUCCUCCGAUGGGCUAUUGCAAUUCAAAUGAACGAGAUGUUCCUUUCAUGGGAAUGGCUCCUGGACCCCCUGUCUAUAAUAGGUACUUGAAUCAAAAUGCCCCUGAACCUGACAAUUCACAAGGUAGAUCUGGUGGGUAUGGUAAUGCUGGGGAGCAAUUGACCUCAGAGCAAGUGGAAUCUGGUCAUCCUCCUGAUACUGCUGGACCUUACAGAGUUCUUCUUAAGCAUCAUGAAUCAGAUGGGAAAAAUGAACCAACAAAUUGGGAGAAUUCAGAGACAACCAAUGCAACACAUGUUGAUGGCAGGGGUCAACCAAGAAUGACUGUUUGGGAGAAUGAGCAGAGAUCAAAUUACAGAAAGAAUGAGGAAAGGGAUUUCAGGACAAGUACUCGUGGUGAAGUUUCUUCUCGGUCUUCAGAAAAUCAAAUAUCUAGUUCUUCUGUCAUGAAGGCAAAAUUUCCCGAAAGUUCAGGAAACAUAAAAAAAUCUGAUGAUAUUUCUGCAAGGAAAUUGGAUGGUGUUGCCUCUGAUAUGCUAGAAAUCCCCUUAAAACCAUCUGCUCCAAAAGAUGCCACCCUGAUUCAAAAGAUAGAGGGUUUAAAUGCAAAAGCCAGGGAUAAUUCAUCUGCUAGAAUUAGAGAGGAGCAAAGGAAUAAAAUUCAUGCCAGUAAUGCUCCUAUAAACCAUGUGGAAAAUGCAGUUGGUGCAGAUGUUGUGUUUCCAGCAAGAACCCAUGCCACAGAAAUCAUAAAUCCUGCCCAUCAUGAAAUGGGCGCUGCUGGUGCAGAAAAGAAUUCUGAAUCCUUAUCUUUCAGUGGAACAGCCACAUCCAGGCAAGCUGCUCAUGGAAUGCACGGUAGAGGCAUCCAUCGUAACAAAGGAAGAUCAAACAAUCAAGAUGCUGAUGGUUGGCGAAAGAAAUCUGUGGUUGAAGAUUCUUCAGCCUCAUCUGGUGCACAGUUGGAAGCAUCUAAUGUUCUUGUGGGUGAUCAUCAAAUACCUGUUCAGACCUACGAUAGGUCUGGAUCCUUUAAUAAAGCCAGGCACAUUGGAGAAUCUGUUCAGACCAGGUCUGAUCCUGCUGACAGCCAUGCACAGCGUGCCAAAAUGAAAGAGUUAGCCAAGCAACGGACUAAGCAACUGCAGGAAGAGGAGGAGGAAAGGAUAAGAAAGCAAAAGGCUAAAGCUCUUGCAAAGUUGGAUGAGUUAAACAGGCGUUCUCAAGCAGGAGAUGGAUCAACAGAGAAAGAGUAUGCUACAAAUUCUGCCAUCCAGAAUAAGCAAGAGGAAUUACAACCUUCUGAAUCUACAACUGCAGCAGGCAAAUUUGCACCUGUCAGUUCAGCCGUAAAUUGUAAUGCCAAUACUAUCUGUCAGAUAAAUGACCCCAGCAUUAGUAAAGUGGAAAAAUCACCAGUCUUGUUUGGUGAGCCAAUUGUGGAGACACUUAAGAAUUCUGGCAAAGAGCCUGUUCUGAAUCAUCAAGCAGUAGCCCUGCACCAGGAUAUUAAUAAUGCUGGUGCUACUAAUGUGCAUAACUAUGUCACCUCGAAGCAGAAGCGAAUGAACUAUAAACAAAAGCAAAAUCUUCCUUUGGAGAAAACAUCAAGUGAAAAGGUUGUUUCUACCACCUCAACUGCCUUGAAAGUUGAGAAUGAGACAAGGGUUGAUGUUUCUCUAUCUUCUGGUGGUGUUACAAACGACGUUGGUUCAGCCUGUGGCUCUGACUUACCCAUGAAUUCAGCUGCUUUGGUUGAGUCUUCAGUAAAUCUGAAAAAGAAGAAUAUCAGGAAUGGCAAAAACAAACAGAAACAUGAAGAAAGUUCAUCUCAGGCUGCACUACCAUCGGCAAUACCAAAAGAAUCCAAUCUUUCCAAAAGUUCAGUUGAAAGUGAUAAGUCUAAGGCUUCUGACUUUGAGUUAGAUCAGGGCUCACUUCAGCCAGCACCCUUGUCUAAAGAUCCAAAUCAGUUUUCAGAGCAACACAAAUAUUUAGCAAAUGAGGAAUCCCAUGGUAAAAUGAAUAGCCAGUGGAAAUCACAGCAUUCUCGUAGGAUGCCAAGAAAUACGCAGGCCAAUAGACCAGCAGAGAAAUCACAUGGGACUGAUGCUGUGAUGUGGGCACCUGUUAAACCACAGAGCAAGAGUGAGAUCAUGGAUGAAUUGAGUGAGAAAAGUAAAGUUGAGGCAGUUGAUCCUGUAAAGAGUGAGCAGCAGGUGCAUAAUUUAAAAAAUAAGAGGGCAGAAAUGGAGAGGUAUAUUCCAAAACCUGUUGCAAAAGAAAUGGCUCAGCAAGGAAACAUACAACAGGUAGCUUCAUCAAGCAGUCAGGCUCCUACUGAUGAUAGCAUUGGGAGACUUGAUUCUGCAUCACAGGGCCCCCAGGUCAUUCAGCAGACCAAUUUAGUUGUUGGAAAAGUGGGUUCUGGAAUGGAGUCUAAAAACAGAGAUGGAAGGCAUACUAAGCAGGGAAAAGCGCAUGGAUCAUGGCGGCAACGAAAUAUAACAGAAUCAACUAAUGUGCAUGAUGUACUGGACCAUGAUUCAAACUCUGAACCAAAUGUUCAGAGACAAACAGAGCAUCAUCAUGAUCAGAAGUCUGAAGUAAGCUUUGUGAAAGGGCAAACAAAGCAUUUUAAUGACUCUGGUGAUAUUGAUGGUUCAAACAAUUCUAACAGGAAUGAUACAGCUGCUUUGGCCUCAGUUCCUGUUAUUAAAGAUCAUUCAGCAACAAGUAGAGGGAGGCGGGCCCCUUUCAGAGGACACAGGGGUGCUGGGGGGAACCGUGAUGUUGAUGACAAAAAAAAUUCUGGGGAGGCAGAGAAAGUUGAAACACGUAUUUCAUCCUCUGAGCACGGUCAACCUGAUGUUGGUGUGGUGGCUUCUAAAGAAAAUCGAGCUGUCGGGGAACGUUUGAUGUCUCAAUGGCAACCUAAAUCUCAAGCAUCUAAUAAUCACAGAGGAAACAUAUCAAGUGAUCAAAAUGUUAGCUCAGUAGUUGUUGGAGCUAACAAAAAGGAUCCCACUCAUGAUGGGGAAUCUCUUCCAGUGAACCGUGGCAAGAGUUCCAAUGCUCACGUCUCCCAACCUUUCCAUGAUCAAUCAGUCUCUGAAAAGAGCAAAGCCGGAGAGGUUCCCCAUUUUGGGAAUCAAGAGGGUAAAAGAGAGAGAAAAAGUGCUCCAUCAAAGAGGCAUCACCACUCCCCAAAUGAGGUAUCUGUUACCUCAGUUGAGCAGGCUCCAACAAGUGCAGAUCUUUUGCAUGAUCAACGCCCAUCUUCUGGGUCUGGCAAAAACGUAAACCAUAAUCGGUUUCGAAGAGGACAUGAAUUACAUGGAGAUUCAAAGCCACCAACCCAAGAUAACAGACAUUAUAAUCAACCUACAAACCGGGAAAGGCAGGGCCCAAACUUGCAUUAUGAGUAUCACCCUGUUGGCUCAUAUGAUGAUGGCAAAUCAGACAACUUUGAGCGACCUAAAAAUGGUAAUCAUGGUGGGGGAAGAUUUAGGGAGAGAGGUCAAACUCACUCACGCUGAGGUGUGGGGAACUCUUAUGGACGCCGGGUGGUUUUGAAGCUUUUGAUUAGAUGCCAAGUUAAUCAGUAGUAGAGAGACUUUCUUAAGGCGGUCUUUUGUGUCUUCCAUCAGAAUUCCAUCCAUCCAUCAACUGUGCUCCUAUAUUCAGCCGUGUUUUCAGGUAUAUGCAGUCUAGGUUCCAGAUUCGUUUGACUUUUGUAAAUGCAGGCGCAUUAAUUAUCUUCUGAUGUUCAGUAUGUAUUCAGCAGGGCAGGGAACGAUGAAGAUGGUGUCCCCGUUUUUGUGGGGGGGGGGGGGGAGAGUUCCCUGCGGUUGAUUGUUAUUUUUCUAGUGUAUCUGAUUGGAAAUUAGUAAUUUGAUGGCAUUUUGUUUCUUAAUGAAAGUAUGGAAUACUUGACAUGUUUCAACGUGUCUAUUGCUAGGGAUAACAAGGAUACCAAAUAGAGAACAUGUGUGUUCCACGGUGCACUUUUCCUCGUAUUUUUUGGUGGAAAAUAUAUGAAAUGUGCUCAAGCGUUUGCGCAGUAUGAGUACAAAAUUAUUUGAAUUCAGAUAAUGACUAGUCAGAAAUUCAGCAGAGACAUGAGCUA